AUGAACCCCCGGAUAUCUCCUCCGCGCCAGAAUCCACGCGAGGAGCCUGGAGGAGCUUGGUUGAGCCAGGAUGUGAAGGUCCCGGACCAAUCGGAAACAAUGAUUCUCUAUCUCUACUACCAAUUUGGUGCGGAAUCGGCACUUUGCUCGACGAUGUCGAGUCUUUUUGCUGCCCAAAUAAAAGGCUUAUAA